AUGACGCUCGAGACCCUUCGCGAGUCCGUCCGGGCUGAUACCAACAUCCCCACCAGUUCGCUACAUAUCUAUCACAACGGUCGCCUCCUCACAGACGAGACCAAGACGAUGGAGCAAUUGCAGGUUCCGGAUGGUGGCAUGCUUGCCGUCCACGUCAGACACCUCAGGAGCGACGCUCGAGUUGCCGAUCCACCCACAUCCACGUCCAUGGCAUCGCAAGCCCAACCAACGCCUCAGCGAUCGCGACUGCAAACUGGCGGUGGGACUGACUCGGAGCUGAUUCGACUGCAGAUUUUGGGCAACCCCCACCUAAGAGAGCAGCUGCAAAGACAGCACCCAGAACUUGCUGCCGCGGUGGAUGAACCCGCGCGCUUCUCCCAAAUACUGCAGAGCAGCCAAGAUAGAGAACGAAGUGAGCGAGAGGAGAGACAGCGGGAAAUCGAGAGGCUGAAUCAAGAUCCUUUCAACGUGGAAAAUCAGAGAAGAAUCGAGGACAUGAUCCGCCAAGAGAGGGUCAUGGAAAACCUACAAAGUGCCAUGGAACACAAUCCAGAAGUGUUUGGUCGUGUGCAUUUAUUGUACAUUGAUGUCGAGGUCAGCGGACACAAGGUUAAAGCUUUGGUGGAUUCUGGAGCGCAAGCGACCAUCAUGUCCCCUGCUUGUGCUGAGGCGUGCGGUAUCAUGCGACUCAUCGACACCAGAUUUGCAGGAGUAGCUCGUGGUGUCGGCACGGCCAAGAUCCUUGGCCGCGUUCACUCGGCGCAGAUCAAGGUUGGCAACUUGUUCUUUCCUUGUAGUUUCACCGUCAUGGAGGGCAAGACAACACAUUUGCUCCUGGGUCUGGAUAUGUUGAAGCGAUACCAAGCAACCAUUGAUCUGUCCCGAGACAUGCUCAUAAUCCAGGGAGAAGAGGUUCCCUUUUUAGGAGAAGCCGACAUUCCCAAGGACGAAGAGCCUGUAGAACACGAACCCACGAUUCCCGGACCAGCAGGCACCACCAUUGGCCAGGAGACCGGUGCUGUUCUUCCCCCCGCUCGAGCAGCACGAGAUCCGGCGUCGCUACCGGCGACGGCCUCGGGGACGCAGCCCCCGGCAGGCCAUCAUGCGGCUGCCACUGCUGCUCCUGGUCCAAGCCCAGCUCCAUCGCUUUCCACCGCCGCAGCCAACCCUGCGCCAGUGCCAAGGGUCACUCCCGCUCACGUCGAGAGUCUUAUUGCCAUGGGAGCCACGCGAGAGCAGGCAACUCAGGCUCUACAGGCUGCCGAUGACAAUCUGGAGGUGGCAGCCGGAUUGAUCUUUUUCUAG